AUGGCUGCUGGUCAAUCUUUGUAUUCAAAAGUGUUGGAUAGUUACGAACCACAAGUUAGCUUUUUAGGUGCGAAAGCUCAAGCAAUAAAUGAACAUAUAACGAAAUCGUAUACUCCAUUACAAUUAAUUGCAAUAACAUCGAUAGCCACCGCUAUUGGUAUUGGUGUUUAUCAAUUUAUAUUUGGACAUGAUGAAAAUGUGCCCACACGUAUCAAACAAGCCAUAUUUCGUUUGGCUCGCCGUAUACCAGCAGUGCAACGACAGAUCACCAAAGCACGUGACGAUACAUUACGAUCAGUUUAUCACAGUAUGGCUCAAAGUAUUCAAGGCCAUCAAUUUGCCAAAGCUUUACCAAAGAAAGGCCUUUCCAAAGAUGCACUUAUCGCAAAACUUCAACAAUAUCGCAAGUUUGAAAAUAUUAACUAUGAAACAGGCAAAGUUUCUGGCUGUGUUUACAAGCUAUCCAAUGAUGAUGCAACAGCAAUCUAUAACAUGGUUUUCGAACUAUUCGGUGAAUCAAAUCCACUUCACGCCGAUGUUUUUCCCGACAUUCGAACAAUGGAAGCAGAAGUUGUUCGAUGUGUCGCAACAAUGUUUCAUGGUGACGAAAAUGUCUGUGGAACUAUGACAUCGGGUGGUACUGAAUCAUUACUCAUGGCCUGUAAAACUUACCGUGAUUUAGCCAUUUCCAAAGGCAUAAAGAGACCUGAAAUUAUCAUGCCUGAAACAGCUCAUCCAGCGUUCAACAAAGCUUGCGCUUAUUUCAAAAUCAAACUGACACGUAUUCCUGUUGAUCCGAAGACACUCGAAGUUGAUGUGAAGAAAAUGCGUCGAGCGAUUUCCCGAAAUACGUGCAUGCUUGUUGCAUCGGCACCAAACUUUCCACAUGGUGCUAUCGAUCCAGUCGAAGAAAUUUCCAAACUUGCUUUGGAAUAUAAUAUUCCAUUGCAUGUUGACGGAUGUCUGGGUGGUUUCCUUAUUGCAUUUAUGGAGGAAGCUGGUUUUCCAUUAAAACCAUUCGAUUUUCGCGUACCGGGUGUAACCAGUAUCAGCUGUGAUACGCAUAAAUAUGGUUUUACACCAAAAGGAGCAUCAGUUAUUCUAUAUCGAACACCGGAAAUUCGUGCACAUCAAUUCUAUGCUCUUUCUGAUUGGCCAGGUGGUAUCUAUGCUUCUCCAUCGAUUGCUGGCAGUCGUUCAGGCUUUUUAAUCGCAUGUUGUUGGGCGACACUUAUGUAUUAUGGCCAUGAAGGUUAUGUUCGAGAAACUAAAAAGAUUAUUCAAGUUACACGAGCCAUUGCUGAUGGCUGGAGUAAAAUUGAUGGCCUUUAUCUUUUACAUCACCCGGAUGUAAGUGUUGUUGCGAUUGGUUCGGAUAAAUUCAAUAUUUACUACUUGAUUGAUGCACUAAUCGCCAAAGGAUGGCAUUUGAAUGGUCUACAAAAUCCACCUGGUUUACAUAUUGCCGUAACUCAAGUUCAUACUCAGCCAGGCUUUGUAGAAAAACUACUUGAUGAUACACGAGAAUGUGUUGCAGACAUUCUCCGAUCAGAUAAUAAGAACGAUACACCUACUGCUGUGAUUUACGGUACUAGUCAAAAGGUACCUGAUAAAUCACUUGUUGCUGACAUGGCCAAAUUAUAUGUCGGCGCAUGCUAUGAUACACGUAUUCCAACGACGUCCAGUGCUGAUGGAAACGAAUGA